AUGGGUGGCGGAGGAACGAUCGGCGAAGGGCUUCGUCGUUUGUUUCAACGACGAUCUACUACUACCACUAAGCACCACCACCGCAAUGAUGACGACGACGACGACAACCGCGUCUCCGUGAAAGAUUUACGCUCACAGCUGGCAAUUAUUCCAACCACUAACGAUCACGAUCACAGUCCUCCUCCUACUAAGUCACCAUCCCUCUUCAACAUCAAAGUUCCCGUUCAACCUCUCUUCCUUCCUUCUUCCAUGGAUCCAAACAAAAAGGCUGCGCCGGAGACUGAGUUUUUUACUGAGUAUGGCGAGGCAAGUCAAUAUCAGGUCCAAGAAAUUAUUGGAAAAGGAAGUUAUGGUGUUGUCUGCUCUGCGAUUGAUAUUCAUACUGGCCAGAAAGUUGCAAUCAAGAAAAUUCAUGAUGUUUUCGACCAUGUAUCAGAUGCUACAAGGAUCCUUAGAGAGAUUAAGCUCUUGCGCUUGCUUAGACAUCCUGAUAUUGUAGAAAUUAGGCAUAUUAUGCUUCCUCCUUCGCGCAGGGAGUUCAAGGAUGUUUACGUUGUCUUCGAGUUGAUGGAAUCUGAUCUACAUCAAGUCAUUAAGGCAAAUGACGAUCUUACGCCUCACCACCAUCAAUUUUUCUUGUACCAGCUUCUUCGGGGCCUCAAAUUUAUACAUACAGCUAAUGUGUUUCACCGUGAUUUGAAGCCUAAAAACAUUCUUGCUAAUGCUGAUUGCAAACUCAAGAUAUGCGAUUUUGGACUUGCCCGAGUCUCAUUUAAUGAUGCUCCAUCUGCUAUCUUCUGGACAGACUAUGUUGCAACUAGGUGGUACCGUGCACCUGAGCUAUGCGGUUCUUUUUUCUCAAAAUAUACCCCUGGAAUUGAUAUUUGGAGCAUUGGAUGCAUAUUUGCAGAAAUGCUUAUUGGGAGGCCAUUAUUUCCUGGAAAAAAUGUGGUGCACCAAUUAGAUCUCAUGACUGAUUUGCUCGGUACUCCUCCUCCCGAGUCCAUUGCGAGAAUUCGAAAUGAGAAAGCUAGAAGGUAUCUUAAUAGCAUGCGAAAAAAGCAUCCUGUUCCACUCUCCCAGAAAUUUCCAAAUAUAGAUCCUUUGGCUCUACGUAUACUGGAGCGUUUACUUGCAUUUGAUCCUAAAAAUCGUCCAUCAGCUGAAGAGGCUUUGUCUGAUCCUUAUUUCCAUGGCUUAUCAAACAUCGAUCGCGAGCCAUCCACUCACCCCAUUUCAAAACUUGAGUUUGAAUUCGAGAGGAGGAAAUUGACUAAAGAUGAUGUCAGAGAGUUGAUUUAUCGAGAGAUUUUGGAGUAUCAUCCCCAGAUGCUUGAGGAAUAUCUUAGUGGUGGAGAUCAAACCAGCUUCAUGUAUCCAAGUGGGGUUGAUCGAUUCAAGCGACAGUUUGCACAUCUUGAGGAACAUUAUGGCAAUGGCAAAGGCAAAGGCGAACGAAGCUCACCAUUGCAGAGACAACAUGCCUCCUUACCAAGAGAACGAGUUCAUACUUCCAAGAAUGAAAAUAAUGAAAACAACGAUAUUGAAAUGCCGACUCAGACUGGACCAAAUCUUCAGAGUCCACGUAGCUUGUUGAAGAGUGCCAGCAUUAGUGCUUCAAAGUGUAUAGAUGUGAAAAGAAGUAAAGAUCCAGAGGAACCAAUUAUAGAGGACAAUGACGACGCAGCAGACGAAUUGACAGAUAACAUGGCUGCCCUGCAUGCUUAA